AUGUUGAAUCAGAAGUUUGUUUACCGAUUUGUGGACUUAAUGAAGAGCUUCAAAAUAAAGAAUUGUAUGCCUGUCCGUUCAUAUAUGACCAGUACCAAUAAAAUCAAUACACUGUCUAGCAAUUUACCUGAAACCAUCACUCAGUCCGAAUGCAACGAUUCAACUUUUGUUGAAUUAAACACAAACAAAACCUUUGAAGCACUGCUUACAACGAGUUCAAUAUCGCCGUCGCCUUCUGACAGUGCGACUACAAUGACAUUUAUUGAGAGCUUAAAGCCAUUGCAUAACUGUUCGGUAAUCAACUUGACUUCUAACGAAGAAAAGUCGAGUACAACCAACAAAUCGAUUAUCAAUUCGAAGCCGCGACCGCCGCCCAUAACUGGUCUACCGUUGAGUCCAACUCAUUUGCACCAUCAUUUAGCAGAUUCACUGCAGACACCAAUUGUUACUAUAGUUUCUCCAUUCAAAUUGCAAACGAUGGCUACUCCUGACUCAUUAAAUGUCUAUCUGAAUGGCCAAUUUAUUAUAUAA